GCGGUGACGUCCGUUCAUCACGCGCCGGCGGAGUGCAACCGUUGUGUGUGUAUGUGAGGAUCAGCGGCGGCCGGUACAAUGAUGAGCAGUGACAGCGAGCAGAGUGAGGAUUCAGCGUUGAUCCCUCGAGAUGCAACACAGCAUCAGGAAUCAUCACGAGCUUCAUUUGCUUCCUCAGUGUUCAACAUAAUGCAUGCCAUCAUGGGAAGUGGUAUUCUGGGCUUGGCAUAUGCAAUGGCUAGUACAGGUAUUAUUGUUUUCAGUCUCCUUUUGCUGUUUGUUGCUUUCCUGGCUGCUUAUUCAGUUCAUCUGCUGCUUGAGCUGUGCGGACAGACCGAGCGGACUUCCUAUGAAGACAUUGGGUUUUGUGCCUUUAAGACAACUGGGAAGGUUAUGGUUGCUGGUGCAAUAUUGAUACAGAAUAUUGGAGCUAUGUCGUCUUAUCUAUUCAUCAUAAAAUCUGAGCUACCUACUGCAAUUGCUGGUUUCCUACAUAACCACAAUGGGACUGAGUGGUAUCUGAAUGGACAGAUCCUCCUCCUCAUUACCGUUGUCUGUGUUGUUCUGCCUCUUGCUCUUCUCCCUAAAAUAGAGUUUCUUGGUUACACAAGUGGUUUGUCCAUCGUGUUCAUGGUAUACUUUGCCAUUGUGGUCAUAGUUAAAAAAUGGUUCAUUCCUUGCCCACUGUUUAAUGGCACCAUGAAUUAUGUUCAGAACUUCAAUUCCGAUGAAUGUAAGCCAAAGCUUCUACAAAUUUCAACCAAGAGUGCGUAUGCAAUUCCAAUCAUGGCAUUUUCAUUUCUUUGCCACACGUCCGUGUUGCCCAUUUACUGUGAGCUCCGAAGGCCUUCAAAGAGCAGGAUGCAAAAAGCAGUUAACAUAGGAAUAACUUUGAGUUUUUCAGUCUACAUGCUCUCCGCCUUGUUUGGCUACCUGACAUUUUAUGGAAAAGUGGACUCUCAGUUGUUGCACAGUUACAGCCAGUAUCUGCCACGAGACACACUCAUCAUGUCUGUUAGAAUAUGCAUACUCUUCUCUGUGCUUCUAACUGUGCCUCUGAUCAAUUUCCCAGCAAGGAAAGCCAUUAUGCUGCUAUUUUUUUCAAACCGCCCCUUCAAAUGGUCACACCAUAUCGCUGUCACACUUGCUAUUCAGACAUUGAUUGUGCUAUUGGCAAUGUAUGUGCCAAAUAUUCAAAAUAUCUUUGGUGUAGUUGGUUCCACUACCUCAACUGCUUUACUAUUUAUCUACCCUGGACUCUUUUAUUUGCAAAUAAGCAGAGAACCUUUAAAAUCCUUGAAAAAACUUCAGGCUCUAGGAUUGCUUAUUCUAGGCUUCUUGAUUGGUGCUAUUAGUUUGCCUGUUAUCAUUAUAACCUGGCUGCACAAUGAAAAUGUAGCCUAAUCAACAGCAGUUGCACAUAAUGAAACCACAAAGACACUCGGGAAAUCAUCAGUUGUGGGUUGACAUCAUCUUUGCAACCAUGUACUUUCUCCUGGUUCAUUGGCAAUAUGGUGACAAGUGGAAUUGCCUUGCUGCAGGCAAAAGAGCAGAAACUGGAUCAGGUCUUUUGAAUCUCUCAAUGGUGGUGUGAAUAAAACUGGUGACUGGGCAUCCAGAAAUAUUUGUGCAGGAUCAAAAAUAAAGAUGUUAUGCUUUACCUGUUUCUGUUCAGUAACUCCAUAUUCUUGUUGGGUGGGGAGGGGUUUGCAUCAACGCACAGGGAAAUCAACUAAUUUGAAGUUGUGCUACCGUGGAGAAAUUUCCACCAGAAGAGACAUUGCUAACAUUACAAACUGAAAAAAAAAUGUUCUAAAAAGUUUCUAUGACUGGUGCAAUGCUUUGUAAUCUGGAUUCAGUUACAGUAAAAAUAUUAGUUAUUUAUGAUGCUAAGUUUAUUUCCAGAUAUUUUCAAAUAAUUGUCCAAAAUGGUCAGUUUUUUAAAAAAAAUGUUUAAAACAAGUCCUUAUUAAUUAAGCAAAUAAUGUGUGCGUGAGAUUUUUUAAACUUGUAUGUUCAUUGGUAAAAAUCAAAAAAUUAUUGUACUUUGGGAUAAGAAGCUGCCUAACUUAGACUGGUAUAUUUUGAACUUUGUGCUGCAUAUCCAAUUAUUUAAUGUGUACCUGUUAGAAUCAUGACAAACAUCUAACGUUUUUAGUUUUGGAAUAGUAAAUAUAGGUUAAAGGGAUUUUUAAUGUUGUCUGUAUUGAAUUGGUGUCAAAUUAUUAAUGCUGAACAAUUGAAUACCAAGGGAAAGGGUGACCUUUGCUCAGAUUUGAUAUCACAAAUUGUUUUUGCCCCAGUAGAAUGGUGAAUAUUAAACCAGUAAAAUACACAGAUAUCCAAAUGCUGCAUUCUUGUCUAACUUUAUAUUAUCAUAAUGAUGCAAAUUGCUGAUGUGGUUUCAAUAGCUUUUUUGGAAAAAUCCUUACCUUAAUUAACAUAGUUUUUUUUAAAAAACUGAGUGUAAUAUGAUUAACACUUUAAUAUUAAUCUUGAAGUUGUAAAUAAACUUGUUUUCUUCACAAUUGCUCAUGUUUAAAUGUUUUUGAAGUUAUUCUGGUUUGACAGUUAACACCAGGGGAUUUUGAAUGAUCAAAGGCAUACAAUAGCUGUCACUUGCCACAGAUUAAUGUUGUUUAUACAGUCUACCAAAUUAGGUACUGCAAGUAAAACAUGGCUGACUGCUGAAGUGCACUAACAUUUGACUACUUUUAUUCACUUUUUAGCUAACAUUUUACAAUUGGUGUUAUUCUGUGCUUUAAAGACAUGGGAUUUGUUUUGUACAGACAAUAUUACUGUGGGUCAGACUUCAAAGUUUUGCACAAGUUAAAGAAAGCAAAACAAUGAAACUGCAGAGUAGAUUUGACAACUUCAUUGCCCCCAUGUUUAAAAUUAAGCAAAAUCCAACUUGCCUUUGAUCCCGAUAACCUCCAAACUUAUACAGUGAGUCAGUUUCUUUUUUUAAUGACCUCCAUUAGAUGCUAAUGAUGGUUGCACAUUCAAUAUAUCGUAGCCUAUUAUAAUGCUUCGUCUAAUUUGUGUUCACUUCUUAGAAGAUAGUUUUAAGAUACUUUUCACACUCCUGGUUAUUCCAUUUGUAUACUAAGAGGAAAUUUCUUCAUUGUUUACAUUUUAUGAAAAAUGCUUAUUUUAUUGUGAAAUCUUGCACCAGUGCAAUAUUUUCAACUAUCUUUUGAUUUAAAUGAUUUUAUAACUUGUACAACUGAUCAAUGCACAUGUAGUAUCUGUUUUUUUUCUUUGUAGUGUUGAAAGUAAGUCUUGUCUUUACGCUUUGAAUGUACUGCUCAAAAGAAUUUUAUUAUUGCCGAUCUAAAUUCCCAGAACGUGUCUAUAUAAAAAGAAUAUUAAAUGAUUGCAGCUUAUGUAA